GUCGUGGACGUAGCACGGAAGAGACCCAAAAGAUCGUGGACAUUGCCUACGGAAUUCGUGGACCUUGGCUACGUAGUUCAAUGUGCACGUUUUGUGCACAUAGAGGCGCUAACCUACGGAAACACGUAAAAUGCGGGCAUGUCCACUCUCAGUCUUCUCUCUGGUUAUGUCAGGUUAUGUAGCCGAUUAGUGCACACCACGUGAAUGUGAAUUAAUUACAAAAUAGUUUGCAGAUUUUAUUCAAAUCAUUCAGCAUGGAGAAUGACAUAAAUGAGUCCUUGCAUGAUGAUAAGUCUACAUCAAAUGCAGGAUGGGCGGAUGUUAUGCAAAAGAUUCUCAAAACAAAUAAGCCAAAGAGAAAAAAGACACUAGUAUUGGCCAAGGCAAAGAGAUUAUGCGAUGUUAAAAUAAAAGAAAAAGAAAAAGAAGAUAUUCCUUUUGAGAUUGAUGGUGUUAAAGAUGAGAUUAAAACAGAAUCAGAAGAAGCUAGUGUUGAGACAAAAGAACAUACUGCACAAAUUAAAUCAAGAAUUAAGGAGAAGAGUCUUGGUAUCAGAGUAAAACCAUCUAUUACAGAUCGGGAGCAUGAAAGAAUGUUGCAGAAAAUAGCCACAAGAGGAGUUGUGCAACUGUUUAAUGCAGUCAGACAGCAACAAAUGGAAAUUAAUAAGAAACUAUCACAAGCAGGACCGUUAGAAAGAAAACGGGAACAAGUACUUAAGAGUAUUAACAAAAAUUCCUUCCUUGAUAUUCUUAUGGGUGGUAGUAAAAGUAUACCAAUUCAUAAUGCUCUUAAAUCUGAAAAACCUGUUGAACAGACAAACAAUAAAGAAAAGGAUGAUAAAAUAUGGAAUGUCCUCCGUGAGGACUUUGUCAUGGGAGCCAAAUUGAAAGACUGGGACAAAAAGGAUACAGAAGAAGAGGACUCAGCUUCUGAGGAUAUGGACUGCAAAGUAGACUAAAAAUAAUGAAAUUUUUAUAUGAUAUUUUUUAGGUAAUCAUAAUUAGUCAUAAAGAUGUUAAUAUCGACUAUGUAUAUAGCUAGUUAUCGAUAACCUUCGGAAUAAAUAUGUAAAUAUUGUGAAUUAAAUUUCACAAAUUAUCAAUUUACUAA